AUCAGUUUCACUUUUCCACGUAACUCAGAGGAAACAGAGCUGCAUAAAAGCGCAGACUAAAAACGAACUUAAUUAGUUAUUGAUCGACUUACUUUGCCGAGUUUCUCAGCUGUUAGAGAUGAGCGCGAGCCUGAGUGAGCAGUAUGAGGAGAAGGUGCGCCCGUACAUCGACCUGAUCGAGUCUCUGCGCCCGCUCGGUGUGGAGAAGGACCUCGCGCUUCCAGCCAUCGCCGUGAUCGGAGACCAGAGCUCGGGGAAGAGCUCGGUGCUGGAGGCGCUGUCCGGAGUCCCUCUGCCCCGCGGGGGAGAAGAUAUCGUGACACGAUGUCCACUUGAGCUCAAGAUGAAGAAGAGCAGACAGAAGGACUUCUGGCAUGGAAAAAUCAAGUACAAGGACAUUGAGAGAGACAUUACAGAUCCAGCAGAUGUGGAGAGAUCGAUUAGAAAAGCUCAGAAUGAAAUAGCUGGAGCCUUGGGCAUGAGCGACGAGCUCAUCAGGCUGGAGGUGACAUCGACCAAUGCUCCCGACCUCACGUUCAUCGAUCUGCCUGGUAUUGUCCGAGUGCCAGUCAAAGGCCAACCGGAGGACAUUGAGGAACAGAUUAAGAGCCUGAUGAAAAAGUUCAUCACAAAACAAGACACCAUCAUCUUGGUGGUGGUGCCGUGUAACGUGGACAUCACCACUACUGAAGCGCUGAAGAUGGCUCAGAAAAUCGAUCUACUCGGUGAAAGAACGAUUGGCAUCCUAACAAAGCCCGACCUGGUGGAAAAAGGCAAGGAGGAUGAGGUGGUGUCCGUCAUCAAUAACGACAUCAUUUUCCUCACUAAAGGCUAUACGGUCGUCAGGUGCCAAGGACAGCAGGAGGUCGUGGACCGCAUCUCUCUGUACGAAGCCAUCGAGAAGGAGAAGCACUUCUUUAUAGAACACCCACAUUUCAGUUUUCACAGGAUGCCGUAUAAAGCAGGAAAAGCUACCAUUCCCAAGCUGGCUGAGAAUCUCACACUCGAACUUGUCCUUCACAUCGAGAAAUCUCUGCCGCAGCUGAAGGAGCAAAUCCAGCUGAUGUUGGCUGAAACUCAGACUGAACUGGAUCGCUACAACUCUGGGCCUCCUACAGAUCCAGAACAAUGGAUGGACUUCCUGACUGAUAAAAUAACAGCAUUCACUCAGGACGCCAUCAACAUAACAAUUGGAGAGGAGACGAAGAGCAUGCCACAUGUCAACAUCUUCUCCACUCUGAGGAGAGAGUUUAAUGACUGGAAGACGGAUCUAGACAAAAGAGGAAACACAUUUAACAAGGGCAUUGAGAAGGAAGUGAAGGAGUAUGAAGAAAAAUACAGAGGCAGAGAACUCCCAGGAUUCAUCAACUACAAGACCUUCGAGAUUAUACUGAAGGACCAGAUCAAACAGCUGGAGAAACCUGCCAUCAGGAGAAUGAAGGACAUCUCAGAUUUCAUUAGGAAUGAGUUCAUCCAGCUGGCUCAAUCCAACUUUCCGGACUUCCCGAAUCUCCUCAAAUUGACAAAAACCAAGAUCGAGAACAUAAAGCAGCUGAAGGAGUCCGAGGCUGAAUCGAUGCUGAAGACUCAGUUUAACAUGGAGCUGAUGAUCUAUACUCAGGAUAGUGUCUACACUAACAUCCUGAACAUGCUGAAGCACAUGGAGGAAGAAGAUGAGAGACAAUCUCAUGGCAUGGCUCGCCCUCCUUGCAAUAGUUUGUACAAUCGCUCAGACACUGAAGCCACCCUGGAGGAUCUGACGCACUACCUCAAGUCUUACUACAGCAUUGCGAGUAACCGUCUGGCUGACCAAGUGCCUCUGGUGAUCAAGUACAAGGUGCUUCAGGAGUCAGUGGAGCAGCUGCAGAGAGAAAUGCUACAGCUCAUGCAGAAUUAUAACAUUAAUGAUCUGUUGGAAGAAGAUUAUUUCAUCAACAUCAAACGCAACAACCUAAAAAGCCGCCAGAAACGUCUGGCGGAGGCCCUCGUCAAACUGGUCUUGUUAUAAAUUACAAAUUUAUAGUCAAUUAUGGAUAUAAUUGGAUAUAUAAUUAUGUAUAACUUUUGAAAACUUUAGGCGAUGCAGGUAGUAAUGAUAAUAAUGAUUAAUAUAUUUACUUUUAGAUGAUUAGUUCAUAUAGCUACUUAAAAGCUUUGCAUUUUUUGUUUGUUGCACAAUAUUUAAAGAAACGUAAUCGAAAUAUCUGUUAAUGCAAUUUCUUACUUUGCUGUGUUGAGUCUGUGACAAAAUUAUCCUAGAUGUACUUUUUUUUGUUUGUUUUGGGACUGUUAUAUGCUUCUUAUACUUGCUGGGAGAAUGAUUUUAUUAUUUCUUUUUCACUUGGAUUGAUAAUGAUUAAUUAGGAAUAAACUUUCAUAAAAUCUAGUUUGGACGUCAUUGGAAGUUUUACUUGUUUUUCUGUCUUAAUCCCACACACAUUAUGCUGGUGAUAUAUUAAACAUACCAUGUCAGGAUUGUG